AUGCAGUCUUGCGAUGACAUAUUUGAGCCGAAGCUGGAAGAGCUCAUUAAUCAGUUGAAGGAAGAUGGAAUACUUGGGAGCCUUGAUUCAGGAGUUGUGCAAGAUGAUCAGAUUAUUUUGGAUCCGAACAGCAACUUGGGAAUGUUUGUUGGCGGUUGCAUUUUGGCAUUUAACUUUCUAUUGUUCGAG